GAUGUUGCAGCGGGCCGCCACCGGCCGCCUGCUGCCCACUUCUGGCACGACCACCCGCAAAUUUGGGUCGCCCUCGACCUGCCUAUUUUGUUGAAGCGUCAAGCCAAAGCAUUUUUCGGGACGCCACGUCCCCAAAUUUGGGACGCCACGCCGCCAACUUUGGGACGCCACGCCCCCCAACUUUGGGACGCCACGCCCCCCAACUUUGGGACGCCACGCCCCCCAACUUUGGGACGCCACGCCCCCCAACUUUGGGACGCCACGCCCCCCAACUUUGGGACGCCACGCCGCCAACUUUGGGACGCCACGCCCCCAACUUUGGGAUGCCACGCCCCCCAACUUUGGGACGCCACGCCCCCCAACUUUGGGACGCCACGCCCCCCAACUUUGGGACGCCACGCCCCCCAACUUUGGGACGCCACGCCCCCCAACUUUGGGACGCCACGCCUCCAACUUUGGGACACCGCCCACCCCCAACUUUGGGACACCGCCCACCCCCAACUUUGGGACGCCUUGCCCCCUAACUUUGGGACGCCACGCCCCCCAACUUUGGGACGCCUCGCCCCCAGUUUUAGAAAGUUCGUCAAGUGA